GUUGGCGACUUGCCUUCCGGGGCAGAUUGUCGUUGCUGCAGCUGUAGGAAGGAGAGGCCAUUUUCCGUCUCUGGGAGGAGUUGGGGUCUAGAGAAGGGAGAAAGAGAAGAGGAGACAAAAGGGAAAGGGCCCAGCGCCUCCCCGCCGGGCCGUGGACGGAGGCACAGUUUCGGCAGGCGGGCGAGGUCGCUGAGGGCCUGGAGAUGUUUUCCCUGUCUAGCACGGUGCAACCCCAGGUUACGGUUCCUUUGAGUCAUCUCAUCAAUGCCUUUCAUUCACCAAAAAACACAUCUAUUUCUGUCAGUACAUCGGUUUCUCAAAACCAGCAUCGAGAUGUAGUUCCUGAGCAUGAGGCUCCCAGUAAUGAGCCUGUACUUAACUUGAGGGACCUUGGAUUAUCUGAAUUAAAAAUUGGACAGAUUGAUCGACUGGUAGAAAAUCUACUUCCUGGAUUUUGUAAAGGCAAAAACAUUUCUUCCCAUUGGCAUACAUCUCAUGUGUCUGCACAGUCCUUCUUUGAAAAUAAAUAUGGUUACUUAGAUAUGUUUAGUACUUUACGUUCCUCUUGCUUGUACAGACAACACCCAAGAACUCUUCAAAGCAUUUGUUCAGAUCUUCAGUACUGGCCAGUUUUCAUACAGUCUCGGGGCUUUAAAACUUUGAAAUCAAGGACACGACGUCUACAAUCCACCUCUGAGAGAUUAGCGGAAACACAGAAUAUUGCGCCAUCAUUUGUGAAGGGGUUUCUUUUGCGGGACAGAGGGUCAGAAGUUGAGAGUUUGGACAAGCUCAUGAAAACCAAAAAUAUACCUGAAGCUCACCAAGAUGCAUUUAAAACUGGUUUUGCAGAGGGUUUUCUGAAAGCUCAAGCACUGACACAAAAAACUAAUGAUUCCCUCAGGCGAACUCGCCUGAUUCUCUUUGUUCUGCUGCUGUUUGGCAUUUAUGGACUCUUAAAAAACCCAUUUUUAUCUGUUCGCUUCCGGACUACAACAGGGCUUGAUUCUGCAGUGGAUCCUGUCCAGAUGAAAAAUGUCACCUUUGAGCACGUUAAAGGAGUAGAAGAAGCUAAACAAGAAUUACAGGAAGUCGUUGAAUUCUUAAAAAACCCACAGAAAUUUACUGUGCUUGGAGGCAAACUUCCCAAAGGAAUUCUUUUAGUUGGACCACCAGGGACAGGAAAGACACUUCUUGCCCGAGCUGUUGCAGGAGAAGCUGAUGUUCCUUUUUAUUAUGCUUCUGGAUCAGAGUUUGAUGAGAUGUUUGUGGGUGUGGGAGCCAGCCGUAUCAGAAAUCUUUUCAGGGAAGCAAAAGCCAAUGCUCCUUGUGUUAUCUUUAUUGAUGAGCUAGAUUCUGUUGGUGGGAAGAGAAUUGAAUCUCCAAUGCAUCCUUAUUCGAGGCAGACUAUAAAUCAACUUCUUGCUGAAAUGGAUGGUUUUAAACCCAAUGAAGGAGUUAUCAUCAUAGGAGCCACGAACUUCCCAGAGGCAUUGGAUAAUGCCCUAAUACGUCCUGGUCGUUUUGACAUGCAAGUUACAGUUCCAAGGCCAGAUGUGAAAGGUCGAACAGAAAUUUUGAAAUGGUAUCUCAAUAAAAUAAAGUUUGAUCAGUCUGUGGAUCCAGAGAUUAUAGCUCGGGGUACUGUUGGCUUUUCUGGAGCCGAGUUGGAGAAUCUUGUGAACCAAGCUGCGUUAAAGGCAGCUGUUGAUGGAAAAGAAAUGGUUACCAUGAAAGAACUCGAGUUUUCCAAAGACAAAAUUCUAAUGGGACCUGAACGAAGAAGCGUGGAAAUUGAUAACAAAAACAAAACCAUCACUGCGUAUCAUGAAUCUGGCCAUGCUAUUAUUGCUUAUUACACAAAAGAUGCAAUGCCUAUCAACAAAGCUACAAUCAUGCCACGAGGACCAACACUCGGACACGUGUCCCUGUUGCCUGAGAAUGACAGGUGGAAUGAAACUAGAGCCCAGCUGCUUGCACAAAUGGAUGUUAGUAUGGGAGGAAGAGUGGCGGAGGAGCUUAUAUUUGGAAGUGACCAUAUAACAACAGGUGCUUCCAGUGACUUUGAUAAUGCAACUAAAAUAGCAAAACGGAUGGUUACCAAAUUUGGAAUGAGUGAAAAGCUUGGAGUUAUGACCUACAGUGAUACAGGAAAACUGAGUCCAGAAACCCAGUCUGCCAUUGAACAAGAAAUCAGAAUCCUUCUAAGGGAGUCAUAUGAACGAGCAAAACAUAUCCUGAAAACUCAUGCAAAAGAGCAUAAGAAUCUAGCAGAAGCUUUGCUGACUUAUGAGACUUUGGAUGCCAAAGAGAUUCAGAUUGUUCUCGAGGGAAAGAAAUUGGAAUUGAGAUGAUAGCUCUCUUGAUAUGAAAUGCAUUGCUGGUUUUACUGCAACAAUAUAAGUAGCAUUGCAGUAGUCUCCUUUUGCAACGCUUUCCUCUAUUCUUGACUUGGCAUAAUUCAAGGGUGUGAAACACUUUGUCAGUCUCUCAGCACAUCUAAUUUUGGUUAUUCCCACGAUGACAUCUAUUGCAGAUUUGCAACCCAUAGCAAAUAUAUUUUAAAAAAAUAAAGAACUAUCAGGAUUAAAAACAGCUCGUUUGAGAAAUCUCAGUUAUUAAGGUGAAAGUAAGUAAGGAUUUUAUGGUUUGUUUUCUCUACUAGGUGUGAAUAAAAAUUGUGCCUUUUGCUCCUGGGAUAUAUUUUAAUUUGCAAGCUGAUAUUGUUAAAGGAUCAUCUUUAUUUCUUAAUAGUACCAUUUGUCUUUGAUAAAGCAAUGAUGUUGUUUGGUUGUUGGUAAAUCAUACUUACCUACAUCAGUGGAAACUUCAUUAAGAUGUACUUAAUUAUGGUCCAGAUACGCCAUAUAUAAAGUGAUUCUUUUGUUUUAGGGGGCUGGCCCUGUAGCCUAGUGGUUAAAGGAGCCCUCAUAGUGGACUAAAGUUUGAAUCCCAGCCCUGUGGCUUCAAAAACAUGCUGAGUGCUUUCUGCAUUCAUGCCCAAAAUCUCAACAGGAAAGCAAAAUGGGGAAGGAACUGGGGUGUGAUCAUGCUCCAUUUCAGGAUGCUGGCCCCUCCUUUCGCAUCCCUGUCUUGCUGUCUCUAGUGAGCCACAUGCCCUCUGGCAAUUAAAAAAAUGUUUUAAAAAAGUAGAGACUUGUAAAAAUACAGAUACAAUCAGAAUUUAAAUGAGUUUAAACUUUUAAGAAUGCAGCAUGGAGCAGCAGAUGGUAUGGACAUUAAGGUGGUUGGAUCCCACAUGGCUAACUGAGGUUUGAGCCCUGGAUCUAGUUGCUUGAAAAUCACACCAGGCAUGUGGGUGUGAGUGCCCAAAGUCCUUAGAGGAGAAUGGAAGAGAAGAGAAAUAAUGCAGCAUGCAUUUUUAUGUUCUUUUUAAAACAUUGCUAUCACUGGUGAAAUUUAUUUCAGAGCAUCAGUAAAUAUUUUGUUAAAUAAACAAGUAAUAAAUCUUA